CAUGGGGAUGCCAUUUUACACUCAAAACUAAUUUAAUCUACGAGAUUUAAGCAUUCUUUGCAAAUUGACGUGUUCAAUUGCAUUGCUUCAACCACAUAUACUUGCGCGACUUUGCCGAUAAAAUGACUGGAGUUUUUGACAGUCUAAAUACAGAUAUGCAUUCGAACCAGAUUACCUCGAACAGUUACCACAGCUUGCACAAAUCGCAGGAAUCCCCGACUCUACCAGUAUCGACGGCGACGGACAGCAGCUUUUACAAUAGCCAACAGCCUGGACACUGCGCAGGGUCUCCAUAUGGCCAACUCGGGACUUACCAGUACCACAGCAGUGGUAUGAGCAGCUUUCAAUACAAUAACAAAUCAUACGAUCUUGGUUUCAACUCCUCUUACGGCUCCUAUGGUUCGAGUUCUUCACCGACUCCAACGGAUGCAGAAAAAGAAGAAAGUGAACCUGAAAUCCGAAUGGUUAACGGAAAACCAAAGAAGGUCAGAAAACCUCGAACUAUUUAUUCAAGCUUCCAACUGGCCGCUCUUCAACGGAGAUUCCAAAAGACACAGUACUUGGCUUUACCAGAGAGAGCCGAGCUAGCAGCCUCAAUGGGCCUUACACAAACCCAGGUGAAAAUUUGGUUCCAGAACCGUCGCUCCAAGUUCAAGAAGUUGUGGAAAAGUGGCGAAAUCCCCCCUGAGCAACAUGUGGCCUCCAUCGAGUCUCCCCAGUGUAUCUCUCCACCCGCCAAUGCCUGGGACUUUCCACAAAAUCAAAUAAUGAACAAUGUAAACUCCAGUUUACCUCAGAGCAGCAGCCCUCAAAAUACGACUGCGCCUUCUUUCUUGGCAAACUAUUCUUGGUACUCAUCAACGAACUCUGCAACACAUCUUCAGUCUGUCCCGCGUGUCCAGAACCACCACAACUCCGUCUUGAGCGCUGGGACAAUAUUUUAAUACAAUUGACUCUCGGAGAAUACUGGUGAAACAUUUAAAAAAAGUUAAUGAUACAUUUUCACAGACCUCACAAAGCGAACUUUACGCGCAACGUUGGCCAACUUCAUGUAUAGGUGCCAGGGUAAUUCAGAAUGUCACCGUCCUCACACCGGCAAAUGGCAGACUACAGAUUUGUACAGUUAUUUUUGUAUUUAUUUAUUUUGUUUAUUUUAAUGGAUAAAAUGUAUGAACC